AUGGCGGACUUACCAACAUCAAUGCGGGCGCUCGUUGUCAAAGGCCCUAGUGACGGCGCCAUUGAAACCAUUGCCGUUCCGCAACCAGGACCAGGUAGCCUCGUCGUCCGCGUAAUCGACGUGCUUUUAUACAAGACUACACCCGCCUUCUUUGACGGAGCCAACGCCGCCGCUGGCAUGACACUGCCUUAUCCUGUGGUUUUUGGUGGUGCCGCUGUUGGCCGCGUUGCAGCCACUGGGCCAGAUACAACUGCAUUCAAUGAAGGCCAGCUUGUGCUUAUUGAACCCAACUUGCGAGCCCGCGACGAUCCUAAUGUAGCUGUGGUUUGGGGCGGCUUCGAUGGCUUCGAUUCGCGCACGAAACAGUUUGUCAAGAAUAACUGGCGUGACGGAAGCUGGGCCGAAUAUGUGCGAGCCCCAUUAGAGAAUACCUGGGCCCUGAACGAGGACAAGCUUAUCGGCAAGUUGGGGUUACAGACCCAAGAUCUCUUGCAUCUAGGUUAUCUCUCUGUUUUGUACGCAGGCCUUAGGAGGAUUGAUGUUAAAGCAGGGGAGACAGUUCUGAUAUGUCCUGCCACUGGUAUUUUUAGCAAUGGCGCCAUUGCCAUUGCAAGAGCCUUUGGCCUCAACGUUAUUGCUGGCGGUCGCAAUACCGAGAGCUUGGACGCACUCAAGGCUCGAUUCCCAGGGAUCCAAACAGUUCAGCUGAAGGGCGAACAGGAGGAUGCUGGUGCCAUCCAAGCUCUAGGUCCCAUCGAUGCCUUUGUCGAUAUCGGACCAGCAGCCGCCACUGGAACCUCUUAUCUUGCCUCUUGCAUCCUCUCUGUCCGAAAGGGAGGCCGCGUGUGUCUCAUGGGCGGCCGAGCAGACACAACGCUGCCGGUCCCAUACUUAUUUAUGAUGUUUAAUAACAUUAUUUUGAGGGGUUCACUCAUGUACGAGGACGAAGACGUUAAAGGGCUUCUAAAGCUGGCUGAAUCGGGUAUUUUGAAGCUUAAUGCAGAGGGCGGCCUUGGAGUUUUGGCGUCUUAUCCGCUUGAGGACUAUGCUAAGGCGCUGGAAGCAGCAAAAAACUGCGCAGAUGGGAAAAUCGUUGUUGUAAAUCCCUGA